CGGCACUGCGCAGGUGCAACACACAGCUGGGACCCAAUCCUGCCUAGGAAAACGUCGACUUCGAUGAGGGGGCGUGGUUUACCCAGGCCGAACCUUGAAGAGGCCCCGCCCCCGCCGCGAGUCUUAGUUUGGUUCCUGCUCGCCACGUGCGUCUUCGCUCCUGUUUUUUCGACGGCGCGCCCGCAGAGGCAAGGCAAAAGCUCGGCGGCGGAAGGGAAGGAAGGAGCGGGACAGGGCUUCUUUGCCUUCCCACCCCCCACCCCGCCAAGGCAGUGGGGAGGAGAGGGCGGUGGGCGUCCUGGGCGCUGCAGUAAGCGCGGGAGAAGCGGGCGGUAUCUGCGCAGGAGGGCGGCUGCUGCCCGCAAGCGAAGCCUGGAGACGGGAGAGGAAAUGUGGGAACCAUCGGAGCUUUCUGGUGGGCAGAUCCACUCCUGCCCCCAGACGGUUGUCAAAGGGGGGCGGCCAGGGUGCAUUUUUGGGGGGUGAACGGGUGCCCUCCGCUCCCGUUUCUCUCAUCCCCCCCCCCCGCUUCAGUGGAGUACGCAGGUGGCCCGGGACGGGGCGCGUCUCUCGGGCGCCUACCCCAAGUGCGCUUUUUUGCUCCGCUUUCCCCGGCGUUAUUCUGGGGCGGAGGCGCCUGCCGUGCUUUCCUGGGGGGCAGCAUGGUCUUGGUGGCUUCCCCUUCUCCCCCGGCCUUGGCCCCAGCUCGUGAGCCCCCCGCGACCGCCUCGUGGGUUUCCUAACCCCGGGGUGCGUCUUAUUUUGAGCCAGGAAUUCGGUUUGAUUUCCAAAACGCAAACGCGAGGUGGCCAGUCCCAACAGCCGCGGGCUGUUCCUUCCGAUUUUCCCUCCGCGUCUCUGUUCCGGAGUGUGUCCUCGACGGGUCUGUAGCCAGCAUGCACAAGGGAGCCUUGCAAAAUCCUAUUCCUUUUUUCGCUCCCCCCCCCGUUAGAUUUCCGAUAUGCGCCAACCCCGAGUGUUGCAUUCCCCAUAGUGGCUCAGUGACUGAGGAAUACGCUUAGAAUGGUGCCCUAUUGCUUAGGUAAAGGUAAAGGGACCCCUGACCAUUAGGUCCAGCCGUGACCGACUCUGGGGUUGCGGCGCUCAUCUCGCUUUACUGGCCGAGGGAGCCGGCGUACAGAUUCCGGGUCAUGUGGCCAGCAUGACUAAGCCGCUACUGGCAAACCAGAGCAGCGCACGGAAACACCAUUUACCUUCCCGCCGGAGCGGUACCUAUUUAUCUACUUGCACUUUGACGUGCUUUCGAACUGCUAGGUUGGCAGGAGCAGGGACCGAGCAACGGGAGCUCACCCCGUCGCAGGGAUUCGAACCGCCGACCUUCCGAUCGGCAAGCCCUAGAUCCCAGAUCCCACCCAGAUCCCUUUCCUAUUGCUUAUAGCUUGUUAAAUUGAUAAUGUGUGGAUGUACCCGUUUCUGGCACCGCCUGGUAAAGAGUGGGUUACAAAGCUUAACAAUGCAAGAUUGAAAUUAAAGACGGGUGAACAUCACUUCAGUCUAGGAUGCUUUACCCUUGUGAAGUACCUAAUAAGGGGGCACUGCCCUCCCAAGUUGGUGCAUAACAGCCUUAAAGCACUUGAAAACAAAAAUAGAAGUACAGUGGUACCUCGGGUUACAUACGCUUCAGGUUACAGACUCCACUAACCCAGAAAUAGUGCUUCGGGUUAAGAACUUUGCUUCAGGAUGAGAACAGAAAUUGCAGCGGGAGGCACCAUUAGCUAAAGUGGUACCUCAGGUUAAGAACAGUUUCAGGUUAAGUACGGACCUCCGGAACGAAUUAAGUACUUAACCUGAGGUACCACUGUAGUGUCUUUUCACACAAAUAAUUAGUCCUAAUCUCUUCUUGCCCACCCUCAGUUUUUAUUUCAGCAGCCAUAUAUAGUUGCUAGUGUUUAAACAUCUGGAAGUCAGAAGGAUUAGCUCAUGGGUAGGCAAAUGAAGGCCUGAGGGCCGGAAUUCGGCCCAACUGCCUUCUAAAUUCAGCCCGCAGAUGGUCCUGAAAAGGUUUGCUGACCCCUGCAUUAGCUGAUCUACUUCAUUACACCCAGUGACCAGCCAGCAAGUACUGACUUAAUGUUUUUGCCAACCUUUGAAAUACUUGGCUAAUUUUGGGCUGGCUGACACAGAUUUUAGCAAGGCUGAUGAGGAUUCAGCACCAAAGAAUAUGAAAUACAAAGUUGAGUUAGAAAUCAUUUUACUGUAUAAAUUUGUACCUUCUCCUAACAGGGAAACUUUCAGAAACUGAAAGAAAACGUCUGGUUUUGUUUUCAUUGAAAAUCAUUCUGUUAAAAUUAGAUACACCAGUUCACCUGCCUCUGAAAGGACAUCAGUACCAGGGGAGCCUACCUGGGAUUUGUGGGGUGCCAGGAAAUAGCUUGUGCAUACCUGACACAAUACAGUGGUACCUCGUGUUAAGAACUUUAUUCAUUCUGGAGGUCUGUUCUUAACCUGAAACUGUUCUUAACCUGAGAACUUUAGCUAAUGGGGCUUCCCACUGCCACCGCGCCACUGCCGUGUGAUUUCUGUUCUCAUCCUGAGGUAAAGUUCUUAACCUGAAGCACUAUUUCUGUGUUAGCGGAGUCUGUAACCUGAAGCGUAUGUAACCCGAGGUACCACUGUAAUCAAGAAAGCAAAGAGUCCUUGGCAGGAUCUUAACAGAUCAGUCGUGGUGUUUACAGUUUUGACGUGAAAACCUACCUUGCAAAGGCCUAGCUUUCCCCCUCACCUUUCUCUCAUUCUUCUGUCUCCAGCAGCUCCAUGCCCAAGAGGAGAACGGUCCGCUCGCUGGAAUGGCUGUGCCUGGAGAAUGUGGCUAAAAAUAUCCAGCGCAUCUGGGCCAAAGCUUGUGCGGAAAACCACCAGGAUGGACACCGUGUCCGCUCUGUUGCAGAGCCCUACAUCUGCCUGCGUAAGAGGGGCACGACAAAUGGGAGGCAGAGGAGAGACCGGCCAUAAAGACCCCAUGGCCAAGCCACAGAUUGCAUUUCAAAAAGGCAAUCUGGCAAAGUCUUGGCCCUGUAGCAUCCUGCAAUUUGCAUCUCUGGCAAGCGAGCCAGUGUGGUGUAGUGGUUAAAAGCGGUGGACUUGUAAUCUGAUGAACCGGGUUCGCUUCCCCGCUCCUCCACAUGCAGCUGCUGGGUGACCUUGGGCCAGUCACACUUCUCUGAAGUCUCUCAGCCCCACUCACCUCACAGAGUGUUUGUUGUGGGGGAGGAAGGGAAAGGAGAAUGUUAGCCGCUUUGAGACUCCUUCAGGUAGUGAUAAAGCGGGAUAUCAAAUCCAAACUCUUCUUCUCUUCUUGUAGCAUCCUAUGCAGGUGGUCCUGUAAAAACUGGUUCUGACGCUCACCUGGCUAGAAAAGCUGCCUGGGUAGGAAGGCUCCAUCUCUUAAGGCAGAGCUGGGGAGCAGGUGGCCGUCCAGCUGCUGUUGGACUCCAAUUCCCAUGAGCCUCAGCCAGCACGACCUGUAGUCAGAGAUGAUGGGAGUUGUGGUCUAGAGCAAAGCUCCCCAGGAGGCGGGCAGGUGUGGAGGACUCCCUGGUCCUGAAUGGGGUAACUGUGCCCCUGAAGGACCAGGUGCGCAGCCUGGGAGUCAUUUUGGACUCCCAGCUGUCCAUGGAGGUGCAGGUCAAUUCUGUGUCCAGGGCAGCUGUUUACCAGCUCCAUCUGGUACGCAGGCUGAGACCCUACCUGCCCGUGGACUGUCUCGCCAGAGUGGUUCAUGCUCUGGUUAUCUCUCGCUUGGACUACUGCAAUGUGCUCUAUGUGGGGCUACCUUUGAAGGUGACCCAGAAACUACAACUAAUCCAGAAUGCGGCAGCUAGACUAGUGACUGGGAGCGGCUGCUGAGACCACAUAACACCGGUCUUGAAAGACCUGCAUUGGCUCCCAGUACGUUUCUGAGCAUAAUUCAAAGUGUUGGUGCUGACUUUUAAAGCCCUAAACGGCCUCGGUCCUGUAUACCUGAAGGAGCAUCUCCACCCCCAUCGUUCACCCCAGACACUGAGGUCCAGCACCGAGGGCCUUCUGGCGGUUCCCUCACUGCGAGAAGUGAGGUUGCAGGAAACCAGACAGAGGGCCUUCUUGGUACUGGUGGCUGCCCUGUGGAACGCACUCCCAUCAGAUAUGAAGGAAAUAAGCAUCUAUCUUAUCUUUAAAAAACAUCUGUAGGCAGCCCUGUUUAGGGAAGCUUUUAAUGUUUGACAGACUAUUGUAUUUUAACAUUUUGUUGGAAGCCUCCCAGAGUGGCUGGGGAAACCCAGCCAGAUGGGCGGGGUGUAAAUGAUAAAUAAUUAUUAUUAUAUUAUUAUUUUUAUUAUAGUCUUGCUCUUAGCAGCACCUUUUCCUACGCAGCCUCCUGUUCUGGUAGAUCACUUGGCUAUCCAGAUUUUAAAAGCUAAGCAAAAUCCGGCAAAGUCUUUGCCAGGGAGCAUGCCAGUGACUGGUUGGCUAAUACUAAUAGCAUUUUUUAUUAAUUAUUUAUACCCUGCCCAUCUGGCUUAGUUUCCCCAGCCAAUCUGGGCGGUUACAACAAAAUACAUUAAAACAUUAGUCAUUAAAAACUUCCCUAAACAGGGCUGCCUUCAAAUGUUUUCUAAAAAUCAGAUAGUUGUUUGUUUCCUUGACGUCUGAUUGGAGGGCGUUCCACAGGACGGGUGCUGCUACCGAGAAGGCCCUCUGGCUGGUUCCCUGUAGCCAGGGGAACUUUCCCUGUAAUGUCCUGCUGUCACCCUCUGCACCUUCUGGUUUGCUUCUAGCUCCUAAUCACCUGAGGAAAGCAUGUGUCUAAUUGUUGUGCAAAGUUUUAUGUUUAUAUCUGGGUAUUUCCUCCCCACCCAGCUGACUCCCUUGUCCAGAAGCUGUUCAAGUUAAUGGAGGAAGGCAAUCACUUGAACCGACCGGUCCUGCGCUUCCUCCUGGUGCCACAGCUGACGGUGCUGAGCUUGAAUACGUGCCCAAGGCUGGUCAUCAAGGCCAUUGCUGACAUCAUUGCAGUGCGUUGCAAGGUAAGCGGUGUGCAUGCUUUGUGCUCUGACUUGGUUCCUGGGGGGCAGCUCCUUCCUCUAAAAUGGGGACUCCUCUCUUGCUAUCUCCUGGCCAUAGCUGUCAACUUACAGAUUUGAAAAUAAGGGACCAGCAGCCUCGAAAAUUAGGGAUCAGCAGCCAAAAUAAGGGAUUUUGCUUAGCUUAUACAUAAAUCCGGCACUGAUGAAGCCAUGCUGCUUUUGCUGCGAAUGACUCUGUUUUGCAGGGGGUUGAACUAGAUGAUCCUAAGGGUCUACAACUCCCACCAAAGAAGAGGGGCAGACAAAACUGAUGAACGACGUCGAGAUGGCAAAGCUUACAGGCAAAAUUAGAAACCAGGAAGAGGACCUCUUUAAUAAAGAAUGGGGAAAGUUUAUAAUUUAGUUGAAAAGCUAUUGUAAAGGGUUACAUAUAUUGGUAGGAUUGACAGAAAACUUGUAGUAAAAAUUUGAACUAUGGAUGGACAAAUGUUUUAUAAAAAUAGUUAUGAAAGGGAUGCAGAGGGGGAAAUCACUACAUUAAGAUGCCUCACUGGUUGGAGGGGAUGCUAAGCAGCACGUCGGGGCUGCCGUCGUCCUGGCGCGAGGAGUUCCAUCGGCCCUUCCCCGCCCGAGAGAGGGGGGGGAGGGAGAGAGACUCUCGCCCACACCGCCCGCACACGGCUCUUAGUGUGGAGGAAUGGCACUCAAAGAAACAAUGGUUUGUGGAAGCUUUAUGUGCAGAGUUCCUUACUGGUCCCUGCAGUGAAAGAGAAAUUUGGGGGUGUCCCUGGUUGGCCUGGUCUCAACUUCACUCCUUCUUAAGAAAGUCAAAACAGGUAACAACACAGCAAUUGACUCAGUUUAAGCACCCGUUCCAAGCGGCCUGGUUUCCACUAUUUAAUUAGUUCUCUCUAUUUUGUGUGAGAGUUUGGAGGUGUGAGGAUGGGUGAUGGUUUAACAGAUUGAGGGUGAAUCCUGACAAGACAGAAGUACAGUGGUACCUCGGGUUAAGUACUUAAUUCUUUCCGGAGGUCCGUUCUUAAGCUGACACUGUUUUUAACCUGAGGUACCACUUUAGCUAAUGGGACCUUCUGCUGCUGUCGUGCUGCCGGAGCACGAUUUCUGUUCUCAUCCUGAAGCAGAGUUCUUAACCUGAGGUAAUAUUUCUGGGUUAGCUGAGUCUGUAACCUGAAGUGCCUGUAACCUGAAGCGCCUGUAACCCGAGGUACCACUGUACUGUUUUUGGGGGGAUGGGGCGGGUAGGUGAGGGGGAGACUCUGGUCCUGAAUGGGGCAACUAUGCUCCGAGCACAAUUCAAAGUGUUGGUGCUGGCCUUUAAAGCCCUAAACGGCCUCGGUCCAGUAUACCUGAAGGAGCGUCUCCACCCCCAUCGUUCUGCCCGGACACUGAGGUCCAGUGCUGAGGGCCUCCUGGCGGUUCCCUCCCUGCGAUAAGUGAGGUUACUGGGAACCAGGCAGAGGGCCUUCUUGGUAGUGGCGCCCACCCUGUGGACACUGGUGUACGAAGGGGGAAUGAGGGAGUGGGCUGCACCGGGUAGCAUUUGGGGAAAGGGUUCCAUCGUGGCCGCCCCUCCGAUAUGUACACAACCCUUUCCCGGGAUGGGUGCCACAUGCCACGCCCCCGCGGCAAUGCGCCAUGUCCCCACGGGCGACGUGCCAUGUCCCUGUACUCUGUGUCAGCCACGCCACCGCCUGUUCUCCACUCCGGGGGCGGUAGCAUGUUCCUCCACCACUGUCUGUGGAACGCCCUCCCAUCAGAUGUCAAGGAAAUAAACAACUAUCUGACUUUUAGAAGACAUCUGAAGGCAGCCCUGUUUAGGGAAGUUUUUUAUGUUUGAUCUUUUAUCGUGUUUUUAAUAUUCUGUUGGGAACCAGCCAGAGUGUCUGGGGAAACCCAGCCAGAUGGGCAAGGGUAUAUAUAAUAUAUUAUUAUUAUUUAUUAUUAUUGCUAUUGAUGUUGGGCCAUCUGAUUAUCUCAGAACAGUCUGGGCGCACGAUCCACAGGAGAGAGAGAGACUGGAGAUCAGUUAAGGAAAGCCUCCAUUUAAUAAAAUGAUCGCUGCGUGAACCAAAGGGCUCUCCCACACUUAACUUUCGCUCCACGCAUUCUGGGAAAGGUCUUGCGUGUCCAAACACCUCCAAUUGCUUUCCCCGGGGAAACCCCGCUCUGUAACGUUGAAUCGGAACAAAUGGCAAUUUGGGUUCUCCAUUGAUUGGAGAAAGCAUUGAAGUGUGUGUUUUCACAGGGAGGGCGGCGGCAGCAAGGAGUGCUUUGACACGGUCUGGAAAAGUGUGUACCUGUGUCUAGAAAGUGCAGAGGGAAAAUAGUGUGGUUCAGCCUCUCCCGUGGCUGUGCCCCGCCUCCCACCGCUGCCCCCCCUGCUAAGCCCUUUCCCUCUGUGGUAGCAGUAGGGGGCACGGCAUAAUGUGCUCACGGAGGAAGGCUGGAGCAUGGCAGCAGUGACGAAGAACAGUCAUACCUCAGGUUAAAUAUUCUUCAGGUUGAGCGUUUUCAGGUUACGCUCCGCGGCGACCCAGAAGUAACGGAACGCGUUACUUCCGGGUUUCGCCGCUCGCGCAUGCGCAGACGCUCAAAAUGACGUCAUGCGCAGAAGCGGCGAAUUGCAAUGCACAGUUGCGGGUUGCGUUCUACUCAGGAGCCCGUUCGCAUCCAGAAGUACCACUGUACAGUGAUAGCAGCUAGCAGCUGUGGGUUUUUUACUUUAUUUUUUGCCUCCAGCAGCAAAACAUUCCAGUCCUGCAGAGAGCAUGCAACUUUCGCAUGCGUUGUGCUUGGCAGUUUUGCCUCUCGCCACAACCACCACUGACAUCCGGCCCUGGAAAGAUUGCCCAGGGAGGAAUGUGGCCCUAAGGCCCUAACCCCCAGACGGAACUGAUGGUGGCACAUUUCGUGGGCUAGUGUAGAUGCAUAGAGAGUUGUGCUCAAGUCGACGCCCUUUGUUUUCCUGUCCGCAAAAGCUAAUUCGACAAUAAAUCGGCGAGGUUUCUUGUAUGUGUUUCUUACUUACUGCAUUGGUACUAUGGGCCACUGUGCUCUUAGUACGAUGCUUUGUUAGCAGAGAGAGACCAUUAGCAGUGGAACGCUGGACCAGCAAUUUCUGCCUUCUGUGCAUUUUGUGCAACAUAUGACAACAGGCAAAGGGUGCCAUGUUUUGGUAGGUGUUCCUGUAGGGCAGACAUUAAGGGGGACACACACACACACACACACACACACACACAGGCUCCAUGGAACCCAACACAUUAAUACACAGCCUGCCAUUUACAGUGGUACCUCAGGUUAAGUACUUAAUUCGUUCCGGAGGUCCGUACUUAACCUGAAACUGUUCUUAACCUGAGGUACCACUUUAGCUAAUGGAGCCUCACGCUGCUGCCACGCUGGCCGGAACACAAUUUCUGUUCUCAUCCUGAAGCAAAGUACCGUAUUUUUUGCUCUAUAAGACUCACUUUUUCCCUCCUAAAAAGUAAGGGGAAAUGUGUGUGCGUCUUAUGGAGCGAAUGCAGGCUGCGCAGCUAUCCCAGAAGCCAGAACAGCAAGAGGGAUUGCUGCUUUCACUGCUCUUGCUGUUCUGGCUUCUGAGAUUCAGAAUUUCUUUUCUUCUUGUUUUCCUCCUCCAAAACCUAGGUGCGUCUUGUGGUCUGGUGCGUCUCAUAGAGCGAAAAAUACGGUACUUAACCUGAGGUAAUAUUUCUGGGUUAGCGGAGUCUGUAACCUGAAGCGUAUGUAACCUGAGGUACCACUGUAUUUACAAUGACUUCUGCCAACUUGGUGCUGCCCCGUACGCCUUCUGCGCUGGCUGCGGCUGAUGGGAUUUGUAGCCUGGUGAAUCUGGAGGUCGGCAAACGCCGUUGUACGUGAGCAAAAACAAACCUUUCCCUUUCUCUUUCCCUGACACGGCAGAACCUGUCUUCCCUGGAUAUCAGAGGCUGCUGCCGGAUCCCCGCAGACUCCCUCGUCGACCUGGUGAAAGCUUUGCCGAGCCUCAUCCAACUUAACCUGUCGGACACCCAGUGCAACGCCCGGGUGCUUGCUGCCGUGGGCUCCCACUGCCGGCAGCUUCUCGAACUGGACGUCGUCGAUUGCAGCAGGCUGUCUCCAGAGUGCCUCCUCCACCUGGCCUACGACCCCGCCACGGGCUUGCUCCGCUCCCCGGCCUUGAAGGUGCUCAGAGCCAGAUACCUGAUGGGUAGACCUCUCCUCCAAUGCAUGGUUCAGCACUUGGUCUUUCUGCUGUUGGCCUUGCGCAGCCUGACGGUCUUGGACCACCCUUUUGUUCUGGAGGCCGUGUGCGCGAUCUACAGGCGGCAGUUCGACGACAUCCCGGUCGCCCCCGAGUUCCCCUCCCUGGAGGAGCUGGCGAGACGCAGGAUGUCCGCCCAUAGCGGCCACGGGCUCACGCUGACCCUCACGGAAUUGGACGAUGUGGCAUUGAGCUGCCUGCCCGCCGCUUUAGCCGUGUGCCCGCACUUGGCCGACGUGACUCUGAUUCUCGAAGGCAGCCCUGGCUUUGGCCAGGACUUUGCAUCGUGGCGCCACAUCUCCUGCCUGACCCUUGACAACGACAGCCAGUGCGAUGUUGCUGAUCUUCUGCCGAUGGCGGCCGCCCUCGGAGCACAGCUGCACUCCCUUUCAUUGAGCGGCUUUCUCUGCGAAGAUGCUUCUUCCUUCUGGACCUUCCUGGGCCACUGCCUGAACCUCCGUAAAUUGGUGGCUAACCUCCCUCCUCCAGCAGUGUGUGCCCCUGACGACGACGACGACGAGGAGGAGGAAAUGGUCGAAGACUUGGAGGAAAAUUUCAGCCCCGCACCUCAUCAAUUCCCCCACCUCCGGCACAUUUUCCUGAUGUACCCUGACUCAGAAGGCCCCCUUCCUUCCCAGCACAAAGCCGUGUUUAGAGCAUGCCUUGUGUCCCUGCUCAGACAUUCGCCCCAACUGGAAAGCUUGCUGCUGGCUUGCCUGCCUUUCUCCCUGGACAGCGUGUUUGAGCAGGUGCUGGAGCCGCCGGCCACAGCCCUGACUCGCCUCCAGAAGCUCUCCUUGAUGGAAACGAGGGUGUCCGGAAGCACCAUCCACCUGCUGUUAUCCUCGGAAAACCAGCUGAGCUUCCUCGAUGUGCCGGCUUGCUCACGCAUCUUCAGGGCAGACUAUGACGACUUCCUCAGGAGAGUCAGGAGUGAGGGUUUGGACAUGGAGAUUUCUUGGGAGUGAAAAGCCUGCUGUUGCUGCUUCUGCCGAAGACGGCUGCUCCUCUUGUGUUGGGGCCAAGACAGGGUCUCUCUUAAUAAAGUUUGCUUUAUCUAAUAGUUUUUCCGCCUCUCAGCGAUCUUGAAACCCAGAGUG